AACGAAUUCUGGAUAUGAAUUAACCAGAUAAGGCUCACUUUCUCCUUGGAGAACAGAAAAAAUGGAGGACAAAAGACAAUUUUGAGCUGACAUUUACUGAAAUACCCUUUUAUUGCUGAAAACCCACCAUGAAACUAAGGGUAAGAGAGUAAAACAAACCAAUUUUCACGCCAAAAAAAUUCCACGAGGGGAAGAGAAACAGAGGAAUCCUUUCGCCUCCGAAAAGCAAGAGAACAGUAGAAGCCAUGGCGAGUGCUCUCUUAUCGAUUUCGCGCUUCGUACCUUCACAAAAAGCAGAUAGUGAGCAGAAAGGAUGUUUCGGGAACCUGAAGAGUUCAUUCUAUGGGAAACUGCUGUGUAAUCCUUAUCGUAUAAGGACUCAGUUCAACAGAACCCAAGGAGAAGGCCGUACCCGUACUACAGUUGUUGCCUCAGUGCUUGGUCGGAGAGCACAGAAGAAAGAAACUGUAAUCCCUGAUCCUGACUACCGGAUCCCCAUUGUUCUUCUUGGUAUGGCUGGUGGCUUAGCCUAUACAGAUAACCUUGUACCAGCUGUACCAGUUGGGUUGCUUGGAUUGCUUCUCUUGUUUCAGACUACCCGGGUGAGAUUUGUGUUUGACAAUGAGGCCUUGGAGGUGAAAGUAGGAGAGCAGCUUGAGGAGUCAGGCGAAAAUGUAUUCGUUGGUGGGAAGAACCGAUGGAAGUAUUCUAGUUUUGUCAACUGGGAACUAUGGUGGCCUAGCUUCCCUAUCCUGGUGUACUUUAAGGAGAAACAAACAAAACCUGAAGGCCAAAUCCACUUCUUCCCUAUCAUUUUUGUAAGUAACAACAGAUCUUAAGAUUAUUCCAGCUUCCAAGUGCUGCUAAUGGAGGCUUAUCUUACCAAAAUCGGUUUUGGAGUCCUAAAUAUUGCUUAUUUUACUUUAUAGAAAGCCAUCCUCUGGUUUUUGGUCUCAUUUCCUUGACUUUGAUCCAUGGUCUUUCCUGUAAACAGAAUGGCAAACAGCUUUAUGAUGUUAUGGUGGAGAGAGCUGGCCCUUCGAAAACCAGUGCACCAAAAUGAUGCUGGCAAAGCUUCAGUGCUGCGGUGAUGAUCCAACCAUCCUUCAUGGUUCAGAGAAGCAGGACAAAAUAGAUGUUCAAUUUACUGAUCGAGAAGCAUAUCGACCAAAUCGAAUGCUCAUAUAUAUGGAUAGAAUGGCAGAGAGAUUACAGUUUCUCUCAUUCAUUCAUUAGUUGUACAUCGAAUAUUUGUUACUCUGUAACUACACCAAUCAUGGAAAUAGAAUAAAAUUCUGAAUACAAACUUCUAUCCUACUUUUCCCUCAGUUCUCCAGUUCUUUCUAAUAAAUCAAACUCAAAUGUACAAGAACUCGCGAGCAAAUGAACAUCUUUCCACAAAAUGAGAUCCUUGAUAAAUAAUAAUUCAUGGAAUGUCAACUUUCUACAUCAACCAGCCAAAAAAGCUGAUCUCUAGCCCUUAGUGCAGUGGGCGUCUGUACCACGCUGUGUGCAAUCAUGGUAGCCAACGGUCUGCAGGAAAUCUCGGAUCUCUUUGGCACUGCUAUUGCUGGCUUGAAGCAGGCGCUCGUCUUCUUCGUAGAUGAUGUAUGGGGCUUCACCCUUUUUCCUCGAUAGUAAUUUGGAGGCUCCUUUGAGGACAUGAUAUUCCCAGCCCUGGACAUCUAUUUUGAGCAGAAGCACAGGCUGUGACUCAGGGAUCACUUCAUCAAGUGGGAUGGUCCUUACUUGAACUGCUACUUCCUCAUUCGACUUGAACGCCAGUUUUGCACCAGUGGCAGAGAUAGCACUGUUGUCGAGUCGCCCUACCAACUUGUAGAAAGUGAUAUUCCCAACACGAUCCGAAGCAGCAGCUUCAAAAACAGUAACCAACUCCCCAACUCGAUUAAACCAAAUCCCAUCACAGAGCCUCUGCAAAUUCUCGAGAACAGGCUCAAAAGCCAGCACCUUGAACCCCAUAACCGCAGCCGCAAAGCUCGCCAUCCCCACAUUCGCCCCAACAUCCACAACCAACCCGCCAUCGCUUUUCCCCUCCUUUUUUUUCAUCCCUUCCAGAAUCCCCUGAAUCGUGGCGGAGAUAUCAGGCUUCCGAAACAGCUUCCCCUUCAGCAGCCGGACGAGGUUCUUGUGGGGCUUAUCGGGCAAGGAUCCGAAAUCCGGGAGCGAGUAGAGGAAAGGGUACUUGACAUUUUCGACCAAGUUGGCGACUACAGGGUGAGCUUGCGGCGAAUCGAAGCAGUUGAAAGUGGGGAUUGGAUAGGGUUUUGGGAAAGGAUUGGAGAGGGAGAGUGAUGGCGUGAGAUUAGGGUCUGAAGGGGAACGGAAAGCGAGGAAGAGGAAGAGUAGGAGGAGAGAAAGGGAGAGGAGAAGGAGGAGGAGCGGCUUUGGAGAGAGAAGCUUUGGGUGCCUGCUUUCUCCUCUUCUCCAGGCAUUUGCCAUGGGUGAGGGGGAAUGAACGAAUUCGAGGAUCUUCUUCCACACUGUAAAAUUUUCCCCGGGAAAGCUAUGGAGGUGGGUAGAAUUUAACGGGAAAGAAUUGGGAGAUUGGAUCUGGGAAAUUGAAAGAAACGGGUUGCCGGAUCUCUCUUUUGUGGCUUUUUGAUUGGAGAAACAGAGUUCAGUGAGCUGAUGUACUGAAAAACUGAAGCCCUGCAGAGAGCUCGUUCCUUCCGAGGACUCGUCAGAAACAGUUGCAACUUUGCAACGGAUAAAAUGUUUUUUUUUUUUUUAAUAAAAGCACCGUCGUGAAGUUGCACAUUCCACUAGCGAGUCU